ACGAAAGAUUCCUUCUCCGAAUUACAAGCCCAACCUCUCUUCCAAUCACAACUUAUUUUGGGUUUCCAAAAUGACGCUCAAGCUGUUGGUGUUUAUUCAUCUGCUACUGCUCAUUUUCAUGGCGGUUGGAUGUAAUGCACAGCACUCGCCAGAGGACUUUGACCAGGUCAAUUUAAUUAACAGUGCUGGCCCUUAUUUGGGCCUGGUUGUUCCCAACUCUUUUGAAUUGGCGCCCCUACUAGAUCCCUCGACUUUUAUACCCAGUAAAAAUGUUUCGCACAUAGAUCUCUCUGGAAGGAGAUUCCAUGUAGGAAUCAUUGCAGAUCAGAAGGUCAUUGUUGUCAUGACAGGGCUGGCAAUGAUGAAUGCAGCAAUGACCACACAGCUUCUGUUGAGUUUCUUCCGCAUAAAAGGAGUAGUGCACUAUGGAACUGCUGGAAAUGCAAACUCUGGCUGUAAUACUGGUGACGUUACUAUUCCUCGCCAAUGGGCACACACCGGCCUAUGGAAUUGGCAGACCUAUGGACAAGGAGAGGACGACGAGCUUGCCUGGGAAUCCAAUGGAGACUACACUCGUGAUAUUGGGUAUAUUCAUUUCGCCAAUUACAGUACAGAAGAAAGCUGUGAUAAUCUAUUAAAUAAUGUUUGGUUCAACCCAGACGAGAUUUUCCCGAAGAAUGGCAUUCCAGAGGUUAGAGAGCAUGCAUUCUGGGUUAAUGUAUCUGAAACCUAUUAUAAUCUUGCAGAGCAGCUACAGAAUGUAACACUAGAGUCCUGCAUCAACUCUACAACCUGCCUGCCCACCACACCAAAGAUUGUGAAAGUAGAAAGAGGAUGCAGUGCCAGCAUUCUUGCUGCUAAUGCUGCUUACAAAAAUCUUCUUCAUGAAAAAUUCAAUUGCACUCUCAUUGAUAUGGAGAGUGCAGCAGUGGCAUUGGUUAGCCUGAGUAUGGGGAAGCCAUUCAUUAUAAUCAGAGCACUCUCUGGUCUGGCUUUCAGCAACUUGGCAAGCAAAAAUGCUGUGAUUGCUCUCACCAAAUUCUUUGAACUGCUUUCGGAUAAACCUACAAAUGGUAUAGAGAUGUAUGAUAAGUGAUUUGAGGUCGUUCACGAACUGUUGUUUUUCUCAGAAAGAAAAACAGAGCAUAACAGAGAAUAAGAGAACUCAGAAGACAAAUCAAUUUCUGAGGCAAUUCAUUGGUUAAUUAAUUAUUAAAUUGAUACUUGCUGAGGGAAAUCUUAAGUGAGGGGUUGUCUUAAUUCUUGUGGGCAGUUGUGCUCUGUUUGUUGUGGGUUGCCUGUAGUUUCUUUGGCAGUUUGUCUCUUUGGGGUUUCUAUCCAUUCUUUUUCUGGUAGGCGUGCUGGUUUUCUAUGUCUAUUCUUUUUAGCAGCAUUGUUUUGUUUUAGUUGGAAGCUGUAAAGUCAGUUGUGCUAGUUUUUUGGUUGUGGUUUUUUAUUGUUAAUAUCUUUGCGCAGCCUACUUUGUUGGGUUCUAGAUCCCGGUAAAAUCUAUUGGGUUUUGGGUCCCUUCAAAACCUGAUUGUAUGGGGUUUCUGGUCCCCUUAAAACCUGUUUUCCCUUAUUCAAAAACAGUUAUAUA